AUGUGUCUUUUACCAGGCGAGUACGAGUACUACCACUACCUCCAGCCCACCGGCACCGGCCGCACCGACAAGUAUGACGACAACGGCUGGGGGUGCGCGUACCGAUCGCUGCAGUCUAUCAUCAGCUGGUUCCGGCUGCAGCGCUACACGUCGCACCCCAACCCAAGCCACUACCAGAUCCAAAAGACGCUGGUCGACCACUGCGGCCAGGAGGCGGACGGGCUGCUGGGGAAAAAAACGCACGACAUCGCCGCGAACGCGCGGCAGCUGGCGCGCCGCGUCGAGUCCGAAGCGUGCCGGGUGUGA